GAAAUUAUUCAUACACAGAGGAAAAAGGAAGAAGAACGAACUUUGCUUCGCACUUGGUUAUCGUGCCUUUCUGUUGUUGUCUGCUUUCAGCACUUUCUGUGAGUCCCACGCCAACAGGUCUGUUAUCGCGUACUCCAGUCCUGGAUAGGGAAGAAACAAGAACAGAAGAAAAGAGAAAAACAAUGCCGCCACUGACGCUGGAGCAGGUGCUGGCGCGAUCGAUGCGGCUGCCGCGUCAGCGCACGCAGCGCUACGUCUCCAAACUCUAUCACGGCAGCAACUCCACCGCCGUGGACGCACACGCACAGCGCGCCACUCGCGCCGGUGCCCUCGCCAGCGGGCUGACAGAGCCCGGUCUCUUCCACCCGAGCCACAGCGAUGUCGCAGCACCGCAUCGGCGCGGCAUGAAGGAACUCGCAGCACCCGCGCGGCAGGAAAAAUUGAACUUUUUUGACUUGAUGGAGCGCGAGGAUGCGCUGCGGCGAGCGGGGCGGCUUUCGAUACACCGCAGCGACCACCUCGUGCGCAACAGUACGGAUCUCACGACGUUUCUGAACGCCGCCGCGCGCACCGGCGGCUGGCAGGAUGGGCUGCGUGCGUUUGCCGAGGCAACGGCCCUGCCGGCCUUUCAGGCCCUCCUGCAUGAGAGCACCGCCAUUGCGUCAGCGAGCGGUGACUCGUCGACGCAGUGGGGCAGCAGCAAUGACAGGGCUUCUCCUACUGAUGAUACUACGGCUGCUGCUGUCCCCUCUCAUUCCCCAUCCGCACCGUCCGUGUCCCUCUCCGGUGUAAACCCCAACGCAGCCCACAUCGUGGCGCUGCUGAAUAUGUGUGCCACGGCGGGACAGUAUCCGCUGGUGGAGAAAAUCGGUGCCUUCUUCGCCCCCGCCUUUCCCGAUGCGUUCGCGCGCGUUGUCGAGCUCCUCGCCGCGCGUGCGGCGGACACGGACGCCGCUGCAGCCCCUGGGUGGCGUGCGGCCUUCGUGUAUCUGACCCAGCGUUGCCCCCUGCCCGCGGCGGAGGUCCCCGUGGAGGCCUUCAACGUGUGCCUGCGUGGCUGUGAGGAGGUGAAGGACUGGCGCGGGGCGCUGGAGGUGGUGCGGUCGAUGGGGCCGAACCCGAUGCAGGGGUGGACCUCCGCCGAGGAAGAGAAGGACGCCACGCAGGGCGAGCAUACUGCUUCGUCUUCCUCCGCCACCGCCGGGACGGAGUCCCCGUCCCCGCACGAAGAGGCAGCUGCACCGGUGACGCCUGCGCAGACGUCGCUGUCGACGCCACCGCCGCCGAACGUCGUCAGCUACGCCACGCUCAUCGCGACGCUCGAGCAGGCGGGGAAGGACCAGCUCGCGUCGGAGGUGCUGAACCGCCUACCCGCGGUGGAGAAGGAGGAGAUCACUGCGUCGUACGCGGCGCUGAUUUUUGUGUGGUCGAAUCAGGUGUUACACAAGCACCGUCGCCGCUUUUAG